UUAUUUGAUGAUUAUUGAACUUUCAGGUGCGUUUACAGGUGAUGGGACAGCUCAGAAUGAGAGCGGGUUCUGGAUCGAAGACACGUUCUGGACUUUAUGAAUGAGCACGGACAGUCGUUUCCAUGGAGACGGAUCAGCUGCUGCACUGCGCCUCCAGCUUAACGCCCUGCAGCUCAUCUCUCGGUCCCGGUUCAGGUCGGGCUUGCAUCCUCAUGACUCUGUUUAGGUUGGCUCAGCCCGCUCUGCUGCCCACGGGUCACUCACGGUGAUGAAGCCUCCUCCUCUUCGUCUUUUGGUGUGAAAAUCAGCCUGAUACCGUCUGUGAACUUUGACGCUGUCCGGUACCGGUCUGCGUAUGACAGACCAGCACUGAACGUAGAGUGGGCGAUUCGGUUCGGUUGUGCACUGUCGAGGAUGACGGACUCGAAGGAGCACGGAGGAGCGCAGCCGCAGUUCUGCGUGACGCUCCCACCGCAGCCCUGAGGAGCUGAAGCAGGUGGAGAAGAUCUGGACUUUGUCAGAAUAUUUGGAGAUGUGCGCCGAACCGGAGAAGAGGUCCAUCUGAUUCAUCCCGCGCCCGGUUUGUGCGGUUUCCUACAUUCAGUCUUUAGAUUUACUCCGAAUAAAUUCCGUGUGCGGACUUUUGGACUGAGUGUGGUGUGAAUGAAGAGUCCUCGGGGAAUAAAAGAGUUAACUGGAGCUUUUUACACGCAGUCUGGCUGCGGCUUCUCUGCGCUGCACUGGAUCUGCUUGGAAACGUGUGACACAUCCCGGUAACGGUGUGACAGUUUGGGAUGUUAAGGGGGAUUUUUCUGGAGGAAUCACAGUUCUGUGAGCGCCGAACCGCAGAUCGUGCCGUGAGUGUGUGGACGGGUUUUGUUUGGGAUCUCUGAUAGCCUGCAUCGUGUGCAAAUGAGCGCGUUCGUGAGACUUUGUCAGACUUUUGAACGGAGUCUGGAGUGACGUUCAGCUCGAGCCGGGAUCUCCUUGGAAACGGUUAGUGACAGCCUCGCAACCCCCGCCCCCUCAACAGGGAUGGUCGGAGCUGAUACGACUGCUCCCCCUCUAACAGCCAGAUGUUACCCGGCAGGAUGGCCCUGAGCCCGGCCGGCGUGCUGUGCGGCCCGCUGGAGGAGCUGCAGGAACUCGCCUUCAUCGAGAGGCCGAUCCGCAGGAGCCUGAAGACUGCAGAAGAGAUUGAUCAGCUGACUGUGGAUGAAGACCUAAAUGACAUUGAGAGAGCUGUCUACCUCCUCAGUGUUGGUCAGGAGGUGCAGAGGGUCAGUGUCAUCAGUAACCUCCCAAGUCUCGUCCGACAGAAUCCAGCUGAAACAUUUCGUAGAGUGGUACCAAAAGUUCGGGAGGUUCUGAACGGAGCUGGAGCUGAAAUCCAGCUGGCUGCAGCGGCGUCAUUUUUAACCAUCCUUCAAGAUGACAUCAUACUGAUCCACACCCACACUUACUCCAUCCUAAAGAUUGUCUUGUUGCACCUGAACCACAGAGACACAGUGGUGAGCAACGCCUGGCUGGAAACUCUGCUAUUAGCUAUCAACGCUCUGCCCAAAGAAACCAUCAAACAAGAGGUGCUGAACCCCCUACUACAUCAGUCUCAGCUGUCUCACGCUCCUCAGGCUCGGCUGGCCAGCUGUCGCAUUUUAGGAAAAGUUGCCUGCAAAUUUGAUUCCUACAUCGUAAAGAAGGAGCUGCUGCCUUUGGCUCGUUCUUUAUGUCAGGACCCGGAGUUUGAAGUCCGAGCCUGUAUGUGCCGUCAGCUGGAGAGCAUUGCGAGAGCCACUGGGGUGGAUGACACCAGGACAGAGCUUCUUCCUGAUCUAGUGGAACUUGCUGGAGACGAGGACAGCAGUGUCCGCCUUGCUGCCUUUGACACAAUCAUCAACCUAAUGGAGAUGAUGGACAGCGAUGACCAACUCCACGUUGUCAUUCCUUUGGUGAUGGCGGUGUGUGAGGCCUCGCUGCAGGAGGAUGAAGCAAUUAUGGCAUCUUUGUCAUUCCAGUUUGGGAAGCUCUGCAAUGAAUUGGCAGGCUCACUGUCAGAUGAGCAGAAGAGUCAUUUACUGCAGACAUUUAAGGAGAUGUGUACCACUGGACUGCAGACUGAUGGAAACCAGACUGAUAGCAACAACGAAUCCACACUUAUCCGCUGCAACUGCUGCUACAACCUGCCGGCUAUGGUGGUUUUUGCAGACACAGCUCAUUUCCUAUCGGAGCUGUACCCUUCUUUCUCUAGUCUUUGUAGUGACCCAGAGGUCUGUGUCCGGCGCAGCGCAGCAGCCAGUUUCCACCAGGUGGUCAAGUUGCUUGGUUCAAAAGUCCAGGUGGUCCACAAAGAACUUCUGUGUCUGCUUCAGGAUGAUGCACUGGAGGUGCUGGAUGCUCUGAUGACUCAUGUAGAAGAAACUUUGGAGGCAGUUCUGUCACGGGGAGAGAACCAGACGCUGGACAACAAGUUCCCAGAUCUGAUGGCAGGACUACUGUUAGCUGAACAGAAGAUUGGACGUUCCUUACGUUGGCGGCUUCACGAGAAGCUGCUGCAACGUUAUAGCUGCCUGGCAAGACUGCUACCUGGAGAGCUGCUACACCAGAGCUUCUCCCCUCGCAUCUUCAUUAUCCUCACCACCAAUAAAGUGUUGCCGGUACAGAAGGCGGCAGCUCGCACAUUCUGCACAUUCCUGCGCUACAACCGCAAACAGGAGCAGCGUCAGGAGAUGAUGGGGCGACUCAUACAAGAUCUGGCUCAGGGACGCAGCUACUGGCAUCGUCUGAGGUUCCUAGAUGUUUGUGAAACUGCCACAGAGAUUUUCUCCAGAAAAUACUUCAACAAACAUUUCCUGUUUCCAGCACUGGAGCUAGUCCAUGACCCAGUUGCCAAUGUCAGGUACAAGCUGUGCCAGUUGCUGCCCAGGUUGCGUUCUUCGCUUCGUCUGCCAGCUGACAAACAGCUGCUACAGAAACUUGACUUCUGCGUCCAGAAGCUGCUUUGCAAAGAGAAAGACAAAGAUGUGGUGGCCAUGAUUCGCAAGACAGUCUUGGAACUGGACAAACUAGACCUCUCAGAACCUUUUCAUAAGAGGCAGGAGAGGGACUUGUUGGACCAGAAGAAGGAGAAGGAGGAGACGCUGUUGCUGGAGAUGGAACAGCUGGAGAGGCAGCAGAAUGAAGGAAAACUGAACUCUGACAAACAUCCGGAGAGAAAAAGAAGAGACAGCAAGACCAGUCUAUCUGCCACCAAGUCCAUGUCUGUGUCCUCAUCUGCAGGCGCCUCAUCCUCCUAUGGUAAAGAGAUGAGAAAGGCAAAGCUGUCACGGAGUCGGUCCCUCACCAGUCAGCCGACGACGUCUAAACCUGUGACCUCAGACAGAUCUCUGAAGGUCAAAGAGCUGAGCAGUGGAUCUGCAUCUGGGAAGGCCUCCAUGUUGACCAGUAAAGAUGACUCUUUAAGGACAGCUCACUUCAGCAUGGGAGCCCAGUCUGCCUCCUCCAUGCCAGUCCUGAUCCGUAGCAACACUACUAGUCUCCUGGACAGGGCCAGUACGCUGGACCAGAGAGACCACAGGACCAGUACUCUAGAGCAGAGAGACCACAGGCCUAAUACACUUGACUACAGGACUGGUAACAUGGAUUACAGGAACAAUAUAAUGGACCACAGAACCAGUACAUUGGACCAGAGAGACCACAGGACCAGUACCUUGGAUCAACGAGACCACAGGACCAGUACUCUAGAGCAGAGAGACCACAGGACCAGUACCUUGGAUCAGCGAGACCACAGGACCAGUACCUUGGAUCAGCGCAGUAAAACAAUGGAUCGGGGGUGCGGCAUGAAGGAAGGCCAGUCCAGGAAGCUAUCCAUAAACAGGAAGUCCAACUCUUUCAGCGUCCAAUCAGGACGAGACUGAAGAUGAUGACAUCAUCAUACCUCCACCAGGCCAUCAGCCAGUCAGCAUUCAGAAAAGAGUUUCCAUUCAGCUUCAGGACAUUACCCAGAAUACAUCAGGACCUCAUCAGAGACAGGGGAGUCUGAUUCUACCUGUAUCUAUUGAGAACUGUGUAGACUGAUGAUCUCACCCUGCCACCUGAUUGAUUCAGUAAAAGAGUCCACCCACAAAUUGUUGCUGUGUUCUUAUUGGUUAAAGCAGGGGUCUCAAACUUGUGGCCCGGGGGCCACUUGCAGCUCCCUAUGUUGAUGUGAAGAAAUAUAAUGCAGUUUGAUCCGUGAAGUUACUUUUUUUGUUAGGGAGGAUUUGUUUGUUGUUGAGUGCAAUGUUAAAACAAGUUCUUUAAAAAGCCAAAAAUGGACAGCAAGGCAAUGUGACCAAAGUACAAACAUGCUGAGGGAUUGGCUGUGUUAGUUCAGUGAGAGUCAAAAACUAAUGUGUACACUUUUUAUUCUGUUAAAUAUGAACAAAAUGAUAGCAGAAGUGCUGCCACAUGUCUAGCCAGAAAGAGAGGACCAACAUGUUUAUUUGGUCAUUCAAUGAAAGGCUUCAGUUAGUUAAGAGAGAGAAAAAAAAAUUGUCUUGUUAUACAAUAUUUGAAUUUUUUUUUAAACCAAACAAACAAACACUACAUAUUAGGAAAUAUUUGUGGGUGUUUUCUUGUUUGUUUGUUUUGUACUACUUGAACAUUAAAGUGGCCCUCCAAUGAGAGGACAGUGCCAGGAGUGGCACACAGCUCAUUUAAGUUUGACACCCCUGGGUAAAAGGUUUCAGCUGCUGUCCUGUGACUUUUUUCUCUGAGCUUCUCUCAUAGUGUCAUUUCAAUAAAAGUUCAUAUGAUCCAAAGAUCAGAAAAAAGUGAAUAUCAAUCCCACUCCACCUGCAGCAUUAACAUGUUUCCUUACUGAUUAUCUAACAAAGUCAUACAUAAUCAAUCAUCAGUCACGGUGAACAAACCAGGACUGAAAAACCCU